GCGUGCGUAGAAAGCUCAAGAAGUUUUGUGGCUAAGGAAGUUAGUUGUCACUUCAGACAGGCAGGCAGACAGGCGUCUGAACUAAAACUUCCCGCUUCCAACAGUUCUGACAAGCCACUCACCAUUCCAGUCACCCAGUAAGAUAGAGCAUAUACAAUGAAAAUAGUUGACACAUUCACUUCCAAUGCUGAUUAAAAUACUUUUCUAUAACUGAAAGUGGUUUCUUGCAUUCAGUUCCUUCAACUUGAACACCGUCCUUGGAAUGAAUCAUGUUGCACUUUAUCGGGCAACAGCUGACGAUUCAUAACUUGUUUUUAUUUAUUGAUUCAGCUGAACUGUGCAAAAACAAGCAAAAAGAAAACCGCAAAAGCGAUAUUCAUAAGCAAACGGACGCGUGUAUUUCCACGCGUAACAACGACUUCAAUCUGGCCGGAAGCAGCAGCAGCAUUUCCAAUAACCAUUACAAGACUGAACGCCAGCCAUCAUCAUCGUCCGGGAAGCUAGCACAGAAGAUGGCCUCCACUGGCGAAAUAUGGCUGCAGUGGUUCUCCUGCUGUUUCCAGCAGCAGCAGCAACGCUCUCCCACCCGCCGGCCACAUCAUCAACGUUUGCGCAUCGAUCGUUCCAUGAUCGGUAAUCCGACGAAUUUUGUCCACACUGGUCACAUUGGUUCAGCAGAUGUGGAACUGUCCGCCAACCGACUCAAUGCGAUCUCAACACAAAUGCAGAGCAAGGGCGGCUACGAAACAAACUCGAUACACUCGCUGCACGCCUGCUGAUGAAGGAGCACACACACACACA